AUGAGCGUCGGACACGAGCCUGUGGGCGGGGUGCGGCUGGGAUGGGGCAGCGGCCUGCUGGGCUUCGAGGGCGCCCGGGCGGCCGACCGAGAGUCCGUCCUGCCCAUCCGCCAUCCACGCCCCCUGGCCCCGCACACGAGCAGCCGCCCGGCGACUCCGAGGAAGGCAUACCAGCUACUCCAGCACAGCAACCGAUUCCUCAGAGCACACCACCCACACAUCGACCUCCCCAAAACACUCCUCCUCAAACACAUCCUCACCACAAACAACACACAACCACCACAACAACAAGCCAUCACCGGAACAACCCUCACAAACACACACGACCUCAUCAUCAGCAGCAGCGGAAAACUCACCAACGAACUGCACUGCUCCCUCCUCCACCACAACUCACACACCCUCACACACAGCCAUGCCCCCGCCGCAACACUCCCCACACCCAUCCUCCAACUCAGCACCGGGCCAGCACUCAGCCAGGACGGCAACGCCCUCAUCCUAGCUCGCACACACGACGCAACCACCCUCUUCACCUACGCCGCCGGCACACUCCACACGCUCCACCGCCUCACCACCGCAGCCACCGGCCACGAGACCCACCUCGACAGCUGUCUCGGCCACGCCCGCGACGACCAGCGCCACCAGCUCAUCGCCCUCGACGUCCGCGGCCAUCUCCACAGGCUCGCCGGCACCACCCUCAGAGCCCUCGGCCACCUCCCCACCCCCGGGAGACUCGAGUGGGCCCGGUGCGCGAUAUAUCCCUCGAACGACUGCGUCGUCGUCGGCCUCAGAAACGCCUUGUCCAUCGUCGACCCCCGCAUCGACGCGCCCUCCAGCACCCUCUACGUCCCCGACCCCGGCCACCAGAUCACCGAUGUCCAACGCUACAUCAGCAACCGCACCCCGCAUCUGCGGCUGCUGAGCACGACCACCCAGCUGGCCUGGAUCGACGACCGUCGGCCCGGCCGCCCCGUGCUGGCCGACUACAUCUCCGCCCCCGCCCUCCCGCCCCGCAUCGCUGGCUUCCCCGCCGCCGUCCGUCUCGCACCCUCUGCGCCCCGCCACAACCCCCGCGCCGGGCUCGUCUUCUUCAGACGCCCCGGCACGGACGACCUCCCCGAGAGACUGUCCGUCGUCGAGGCCACACCCGACGGCCAGCUCUCCCACCACCAGCUCGGCAUCUUCCCCGCCGACACUAACAUCGACUGGAAGCUCUCCCAAACCGGCCUCGGCCAGCCCGCGUCCCCGCUCGCCCCGGCCGAAGACCCCGGCGGGCCGGCGCUCGCCGCCGUCCUGGCCCGCGUCCUCCCCGCGCCGGCCGGCCUUCCCGAGCCGCCCCUCCCCCGCAGAUCGCCCUCCCCCUCGCUUGGGGGCCCAGGGACGUCCGGCUCCGCAUCUCAGAUCGUCCCCGGGCCUCAUGCCGCUAGAGGCCCCGCCACUACGCCCGGCCACCCGCGCAAGAAGAAACGCGUCGGCGGGUUCUAG